AUGCAGCAAUUAAAAGAUGAUGAUACACCACUUUCAAAAGUUUUCUUUAUAUUGCUCUUGGUUCUCACUGGAGUGGUAAUGCUUUCAGGGAUAAUAAAUAUUGCAAUACUUAUGAGAAAUUAAAAACGCUGGAACAUCGAUAUUCUCUUCUUCUAUAUUUUUAGUUUAGCUACACUUACUUUGAUGUGCUUAUUCUUUCUUGAUUCAGCAUUCGAUUGGGGUGAUUGUGUUUAUAUGAUUUUUAUGUCUUCAAUUACUUACACCUAUAUCUGCUCUGUAAUUUGCUACUUGACUCAUAUAGCAGCAACUAAAAUGCUUUCAAUAACUUUCAAAGUUAUGGAGGUGAUCAAAACUAUGGCUGCUUACAAUUUAUGGGACACUAUAAUUAGGACUUCAGUAGCUUUCAUCAUGAGAGAAAUUGGGAAGAUUCAUAAACUGAAUCAGAUUCUGUUCAGGGCUUUUAGUAUACAGGUGAAAGAAGAACUGUUUAUCAAAGAGGUAUUAAUUAAGUAUUAUGAUUAUUAUUUAGAAACGCAGUCUAAUAAGUAUCAAUCAAAAGUUCAAAUAUACACAGAUAAAGAUGUAUACACCGAGACAAUGAACUAAGAUAUCUAUACUAAUCAUCAGUAUCAAAUAGAGAAUACUCAUUUCAAUUAUAAUUCAUCUCCAAGUUAGAACUUUAUGAUAGAUUCUCCUGCAUAGUCAGACUACCAAGCUUUACUUAGCAAAAACAACUUCAAAUCUUCGAUCAUGAAAUAGGAGAUUUAGGACUAUAUGAAUUAUGAUUAAUAUUCAGAUUAGAUUGACAAAUCAGCUCAUAGUUACUCUCACAUAAAUCAUCACCAUCAAAAUCAUUUAGAUCACAAGGAGUUGAAGGAGCAGCUAAAAAGACAUGCUGAAUGUAUCAACAGUCAAGGGAAAAGCCUUUGA